ACGACAGGAACAUGGUCUAACACGGAGCUUGUAGGUGCAGAGAACAGGACCCCUCAGAUGGGUCCAUUUUGGGGGGCAGUGAGCCAGACAACCACGCCUGCCCUUCACUCCAUCUCCCCAGCCAGCCCCAAACUGAAACUCCCUCCAGCCCCUCCUCCUCUGGGCUUUGGUCCUUUCCGGGGACAGGAGGUCACCGGAUUCCUUUGUUCUCCAACCCUUCAGCUCUCACCUUGCAGGGGGGAAGGGCCCAGGCCAUCAGUGGCCAGGAAACAGGGUGUCGGCCAUUCUCUGUGUCCAGACCCCUGCACACACCUGCCCUCUAGGGCUCUGCAAUGAUCAUACACCCUUAUCCCACCACCUAGAUACUUAAGAACUGCCUCGGGGAAACUGAGGCACCCCCACACUAUUCAGAGGAAACAUUAAGAACAGUCCCACUUCGUCACAAGGGGGUUGGGGCGAAAUUGCCUGGAUUUGAACAGGCUCGGGGCCUUUAACCAAUCCCACCCCUGGGGGGCCCAAUCCUUUGGGGAAGGCUGGCAGGCCCCACAGGGCUGGGAGGUGGCUCUGAACUAUGGCUAGGACCUGGGCAUCACAAGUGAGACACGGGGGACUUGGAAGAACUCACACUGCAGAGCCCCGGUGGCGCUGGCCGGGAACAUGCUGACGAGCUCGUUAGCAGGCGGGCAGGUUCUUGGAUUGUUUUUAACGUGUUUUCUCUGUAACGCUUCUUCCCUAAGAAUAGUAAACCUUGCCAGGGAGCACUGGCUGCUAGCGCCCCACGCCUGGCGAUGACUCGGUUAUCGGUCUCCGAGGAGAAACCAAGCUGGCCCGGUUAGUCGACCUUUGCUGGGGAGUUUGCAGUGUGGCUGGGAGCUGGGCAGCUGAGAGAGACCCCAGGCCGGCUGGGCAGCCUAGAUCGGGAGCCCUGCUGGGCUGUCGAGCUGCAGCUGCCCCCGGGCCGCAGGUCUCCUGCUCAGGGCCAGCAGCCGCCGGCCAGACUCUGUUCCUGAGCUCUCUGCUCCCCCCAGACUUGGGGCCGUCUCUCACUGGCAAUCCCCAGGGUGGCCUAGCCCUCCUCCGUACACAAACGAGGGCGCGGCUGGCCUGGGACAGGAGAGACGAGGGGCCGACUACCAGGCGACAGGGGCUUUGGAGGCCUAGAUCCUCAGCGGGGCGAGCGCUUUACCUCUCCCGCAGCCCUGGGGGCUGCACAGACCCCGACCAGGGCCCCGCCUGGAGAACUCACCGCAGGGAGACUUAGCGAGGGUCGGGUCGUGGCUCUGCACAGCCGCUCGCCAGCCCCCCGGCUGCUGGCACGAAGGGCGGGCUGUGUGCAUCGGUCAGUGCCUCUGUGGCCCUUGGCACUUCCUGCUGGCACGGGCUGGGCACGGGUUUGCUCCGGCUGACUCGGCAAUGGGGAGGUGGAGGAAAGAAGCUGCUCGUUUUUCCUUCCUGUGAAUGAAUCCUUCCCUUCCUGAACGUAAGAACGGCCAGACUGGCUCAGGGCAAAGGUCCAUCCAGCCCUGUGUCCUGGCUGCCGACGGUGGCCAGUGCCCGGUGCCCCAGAGGGAAUGAACAGAACAGGGACUCGCCCAGUGAGCCAUCCCCUGUCGCCCAUUGCCAGCUGCUGGCAAACAGAGGCCAGGGCCACCAUCCCUGCCCAGCCUGGCUAAUAGCCAUCAAUGGACCUGUCCUCCAGGAACUUCUCUAGUUCUUUUUUUAACCCUGGAGCCUCCCCCGAGCUUUGGGACUCAUCUGGGGCUUGAAACCCCCGGCACAGCCAGGCAGAUGCUGGCACUGGCCUCUAGUGGGCAGGGAGAAGGUGGCACCUAAGUUCUGCCUCUUUGUACCUGCUGCGAUUCGGUGGCUCUUCCCUGCGGCCCCCCUGCCCGUUACAGACCCGAGACUGAUCAUUGGUGAGAGAGGAUUAACGAUUAAUCCUUCCCCCUCCUGCUCUCCGGCUCAGAGGGCCAUAAACGCUCCCCUUGUUAGAGCCCAUUUGUGUUGCUCGUUAGACAAACCGGCGGUGGCAGGCCUCGGCGGAGCUUGGCAGCUCGGCCCUUUCACCAACAGAAGUUGGUCCAAUAAGUGAUAUUAACGCCCCGGCCUUGUCACUCCAUAGAGGGAGGCAGGCGCAUUGCAGCCCCUCUCUAGCCGGGAGCUCGGUAUUGCAGCCACUGAGGCACCAAAUCCGGUCACCUCGUGGGGCUGGUUAAUUUGGGGAUCCACCCGUGGCCCCCUGCUCCCUGGCCGGUAGCUCCCCGCGGCAGGAGAACGCUGGGAGACCCGCCAGGCAAAUGUCCCCGCUUCUCGCGAGGGGCGACUGGGAUGUAUGGGGCAGGGAAGGGCGGGCGGGUGGAUCGUCGCUUUCCGGCUACAAUCACCUCCCUCUGCUGCUGCCUGCAGGGCUUUGGGGCUGCCUGAUCUGCCAGCCACACUAGCAGCCACUCCCCUGGGCUCUGCCGGCCCCGGCUGCAGCUCUCGGAGCACUGGGAGGCCACCAAGAGCCCCACUGUUCUCCAGCGUGGGCCAGCAGCCUGUUUCUCGAAAGGCCGCCCUGGCCCAGGUCCCCAGUGUGCCAGGGGCUGCACGUUAGGGUUGGUAUUUAUUAGGUGUAUUAUGGUAGCACCCAGGAGCCCCCAUCCUGGCCCAGGACCCCAGCAUGCCAGGGGCUGCAUGUUACGGUUGCUAUUUAUUAGGUGUAUUACGGUAACACCCAGGAGCCCCCGUCCUGGCCCAGGACCCCAGCGUGCCAGGGGCUGCACGUUAUGGUUGCUAUUUAUUAGGUGUAUUGUGGUAGCACCCAGGUCCCCAGUGCGCCAGGAGCUGCACAUUAUGCUUGCUAUUUAUUAGGUGUAUUACGGUAGCACCCAGGAGCCCCCGUCCUGGCCCAGGACCCCAGCGUGCCAGGGGCUGCACGUUAUGGUUGCUAUUUAUUAGGUGUAUUGUGGUAGCACCCAGGUCCCCAGUGCGCCAGGGGCUGCACGUUAGGGUUGCUAUUUAUUAGGUGUAUUACGGUAGCACCCAGGAGCCCCCGUCCUGGCCCAGGACCCCAGCGUGCCAGGGGCUGCAUGCACACAGAACCCAGAGCCAGGCCCUGCCCCAGGGAGCUCCCAGCCCUGCAUUCAUCAAGAGGGGCGAACCGCUGAAGUGCCAGAAUUCGAACUCAGGCGUUUAUCUGAACGUCUGAUUGGGGGACCCCUGCCCCUGCGAGCGGUGCCCCCCAGUGUCCCACCCCCACGUGAGCAGCCCCUCAGUGUGCCCGCGCCCUCGCCUGCUCCCCAAACCGGCAGGCAUCUCGCUGGUCCCCGCCGUUCUCCCGCCUCCAGCUGGCGCCUGUCACCCGCGUAGGAGCCGGAUCGAUCCACGCGGCGCCCACACUGUUUGCUCAGGGAUAGCUUGGCAAGGCAGCCGGCAGCCACCUAUCACUGGGCAGGGCCAGCUGGAGCAACUCCCAGCUCCCUGGGCUGGCUGGCGCCCCCCUGCCCCAAUGGAGCUGUACCUCGGCUUCGUCAUUUUGGAGGGGCUCCUGGCCCUGGCUGUGGUGGGCACCAACCUGCUGGUGUGUGCCACGAUCUGCCUGCACCGGGAGCUGCGGAGCGUCACCAACUGCCUGGUGGCCUGCCUGGCGCUGGCCGACCUGGGCGUGGGCGCCCUGGCCAUCCCCUUCUCCAUGGUGCUCAGCCUGGAGCUCACCCUCUGCUUCCACACCUGCCUCUUCCUGGCCUGCUUCCCGCUGGUCACCACCCAGUUCUCCAUCCUCCUGCUGCUGCUCAUCGCGCUCAACGCCCACCUGAAAAUCCGGCUGCCCAGCAGCUACGCCAUGCACGUGAGGAAGGGCCGGGUGCUGGGUGCCGUGGGCCUGUGCUGGCUGCUCUCGCUGCUGAUCGGCCUCUCCCCCAUGAUGGGCUGGAACAGCCUGGGGCACUACGUGGCGGGGAACCGGACCCUGGCCGCCGGCUUGGCCGCCGAGCGAGCUGCCGUGGUCCUCAUCGCCCGCGACCAGCCCUACGGCGGCUUCCUCUCCAAGGUGUACCCGGGGACGCGCGGGGCACCCCACUACAACCAGCUGCAUGACGACCACCUGGGGCACUGCUCCUUCACCUCCGUCUUCGCCCCCGAAUACCUGGUCUACUUCAUCUUCUUCGCCUGCACGCUGCUGCCCCUGGGCGCCCUGCUGGGCAUCUACGCUGACCUCUUCCGGCUGGUGCGCGGGCACUUCCUCGCCCAGCCACUGUGGGCGGCCAAGCGAGGGGAGCUGCCCAUGGCUCGCGCCCUCCUCCUCCUGUUCGGCAGCUUCUGCGUCUGCUGGAUCCCGCUGCACGUCAUCUACUGCGUCCGGCUCCUCUGCCCCGGCUGCUGGAGCUACGCGGCCCUGGACCGCCUGGCCGUGCUGCUGUCCCACCUCAACUCCCUGGCCAACCCGCUGGUCUACGCCAUGAGGAAGAAGGACUUCGGACGGGCGCUCAGGGCCGUCUGCCUCCGUUACGUCCUGCGCUGCCCCCGCGCCAAAGUUCAUCCCCAGGGCCUGAGCGGCCGAAGAUAAGAAGGACCCAGGCCCAUCCCUGCUCCCAAUUCCCCAGCCAGCGGGAGGGGCUGGCGGCCCGGAUCCCGGCUCAGCACCCCGCCCAGCUCCCCGUCCUAUUUGUAAAGAGAAGGGGUGACGCGCCCCCCAGCCCCAAUCUCCGGUGCCUGCCCCCUCAGCCAUUCCCCAGCCGGGGCUGGAUUUUCUUCUCCUGUCUUUGUGUCUCGGGGGUUAUUGUCUGCGAUAUAUGGGCCCCACCCUGGACAGCACUGAGCUGCGUGGCUUACGCUGAGCUCCGGCCAUGGGUUCAAGGUCUUUGGGUGACAUCCCUGGCUGGGCGAGUCGGAGACACCCAGCCCCGCCAGCCAGCGUGAGCAGGGAAAACGGGGGAGGGAGGGGUGAGCUCCCUCCGGCUCAUGGAGCAAUUAUUGAAGAAGCUACGGCAGGGAUCAAUCAGGCAGCUGUCAGGUGGAUAAUGGACCCUGCUGCUCGGCAAUAAAACCAUCCCGUGACUGGCAGCGUGA